GUUAGAUUGCUUCAUAUUUUUCAUUUUCUUAUUCAACUCUUUGUUUUUCCUUGAACAUCACACUUCAAAAGACCAAAACUAGUGGAACCCAUAUACCGCACCAUGGGGGCACGCUCUUGUGUUAUUGCCAUAACAGAACCCAUCAUCCUUCUGAUUUGUUUACCUUAAGCCACAACUUAAACCCUAAACCUCCAUAUUUCAAACCCUUUUCUCUCCUACAUGUAUCACUGCUUCACUUCCACUUUUCAUCAACCUCACGUUCCCAAGCCCUAACUAUAUGUAUAUAUAAAUAACUCUAUAUUUGAUUCAUUAAUUUAGGGACACCAAAUCUAUUCAACCUAAAAGCCUUCUUUUCCCCUAUAUUGACCAACUUUUUAGCGAAUCAGAAGAGGAAUGGAUGAGGUAUCUCGUUCUCAUACACCGCAAUUUCUAUCAAGUGAUCAUCAGCACUAUCACCAUCAAAACGCUGGACGACAAAAACGCGGCAGAGAAGAAGAAGGAGUUGAACCCAACAAUAUAGGGGAAGACCUAGCCACCUUUCCUUCCGGAGAAGAGAAUAUCAAGAAGAGAAGGCCACGUGGCAGACCUGCUGGUUCCAAGAACAAACCCAAAGCACCAAUCAUAGUCACUCGCGACUCCGCGAACGCCUUCAGAUGUCACGUCAUGGAGAUAACCAACGCCUGCGAUGUAAUGGAAAGCCUAGCCGUCUUCGCUAGACGCCGUCAGCGUGGCGUUUGCGUCUUGACCGGAAACGGGGCCGUUACAAACGUCACCGUUAGACAACCUGGCGGAGGCGUCGUCAGUUUACACGGACGGUUUGAGAUUCUUUCUCUCUCGGGUUCGUUUCUUCCUCCACCGGCACCACCAGCUGCGUCUGGUUUAAAGGUUUACUUAGCCGGUGGUCAAGGUCAAGUGAUCGGAGGCAGUGUGGUGGGACCGCUUACGGCAUCAAGUCCGGUGGUCGUUAUGGCAGCUUCAUUUGGAAACGCAUCUUACGAGAGGCUGCCACUAGAGGAGGAGGAGGAAACUGAAAGAGAAAUAGAUGGAAACGCGGCUAGGGCGAUUGGAACGCAAACGCAGAAACAGUUAAUGCAAGAUGCGACAUCGUUUAUUGGGUCGCCGUCGAAUUUAAUUAACUCUGUUUCGUUGCCAGGUGAAGCUUAUUGGGGAACGCAACGACCGUCUUUCUAAGAUAAUAUCAUUGAUAAUAUAAGUUUCGUCUUCUUAUUCUUUUUCACUUUUUACCUUUUUCACUUUCUUAGGUUUUGUUUUAACGUUUGAUUAAUACCUGAAGGUUUUUGGAAAAUUUUCGAUCGGAUAAAAGGAUUUAUGUUGCGAGCCGAAACGCAACGGUCUGAUCUCGGAUUGAUCUUUAUAUAUAUAGGGGCUAGUGUUGUGAUCUUCCUUGAGUUGAUGUUUAUAAUGUAGUAGUUGAUAUUGAAU